CAGCAGCUGACAGUUGAGAAGACAGUGGAUUUGAGCGAGAGGUGGAAAAUUAACUUAAAACACUACAAGUGGAGUAAAAAUAAACAAAACAACAACCCGUGCUAAGUGUGACUUCCACUAAACGCAAGAAUUGUGCAUGCACAGGGGAGAGAUGGCCCUAAAAGGGGAGGGUGACACUCCGAAGAUUGAGCUCUUUGUAAAGGCCAGCAGUGAUGCUGAAAGUGUGGGCAACUGUCCUUUCUCUCAGAGACUCUUCAUGAUUCUCUGGUUAAAGGGGGCCAACUUUAAACUCACCACAGUCGACAUGAAGAGAGCACCGGAUGUGCUGAAGGACUUGGCCCCGGGGUCUCAGCCUCCAUUCCUGCUCUUCAACGGUGACGUCAAAACGGACAUUAACAAGAUCGAGGAGUUUCUAGAGGAGAAUUUAGCGCCACCAAAGUAUCCCAAAUUGUGCUGUCGAUACAAGGAGUCCCUGUCAGUUGGAGAAGACAUCUUCCGUAAAUUCUCAGCAUAUAUAAAGAAUCCCAACCCUGGAUUAAAUGACAUGUUAGAGAAGAAAUUCCUAUCAACCCUGGUGAAGCUCAACAUGUACUUUGAGACGCCGCUGCCUCAUGAGCUGGAUCAGAACCCGAACGCCACGCAGUCUUCUCGUCCCUACCUGGAUGGAGACUCUCUUACUUUGGCCGACUGCAACCUGCUUCCCAAACUCAACAUUGUCAAGGUGGUGUGUAAGAAAUACCGCAACUUUGACAUCCCUGCAGAACUGAAAGGCCUAAAAUGUUACCUGGACAACGCCUACAAAAAGGAUGAGUUUCGCUUCACUUGCCCAAAGGACAUAGAGGUCCUCAUGGCCUACCAAUCGGUGGCUAAGUAUCUCAAUAAAUAGAUGAAAGGACAAACAGGUAUACGGUGUCCCAAAGGAUGCCUAUAUCCUUUUUUAAAAUGCCAUUUCAGGUAUCAUUCGAAGAGAGGUGAGGUCAUCAGCAUUUUUGAAAUCUUAGGCUUAGCAGUUUUUGAAAGCGCAAAUCAUUCCUUUGUCCAUCGCUUGUUAAUUUACAUUGAAGCUGAGUUGCAAAAUUGCUGCCUUUUUUUUCGAUUUUUUUGUCCCCAACUGCAGUUUUGAGAAGCUUUAUGGCUGUCACACUGCUCCAACGCGGAGCACAAUUUACAUUAUCCAUGACAAGUUUCUUAAAACAGGAUCUGUUCUUGACAAGCCUCGCAGCAGAAGGCCUUUUACUAUCACAACUGAUGAAAACAGUUCUAGAGUAGGCAUUAGCACAAAGCCAGGAGAGCUCUACUGCACUGGAACACAGCAUCAACAAAAGCUUAGUUCAGUGGCUGCUUCGGUGUGUGUUAAAACCCCCUUCUGACCUCCGUUUGGUCAGCAUCAUAAUCUUCCACAAAAAGCCUUAAAAACAAAACCUGAAGUUAAUACGGAGUGUAGCUUUAUCACUCUUAGAUUUGAGCUUCUGUUGAUGGUGAGUUCCGUUGCAGCCCUCCCGAUAUACUUUCCCUGGCUUUGCAAUUGCAGGCCUUCCGCUGCAUGGUUUACCAAGAAAAGACCCUGUUUCGAGAAACUUGCCAUGGAUAGUGUAAAUUGUACCAUGUUGGAGCCGUGUGAUGGCCAUAAAUCUUGUCAAUCUGGUGCUGAACUGGAGUAAGGGACAGAACAUUUUCUUGCCAGGCAGCAAUUUUGCAAUGGUGCUCCGAUUGGUGAGCCAUGCGCAAAGGAAUGGUAUGGUGACAAAAAGUGCAAAGCCCAAGCUAUCAAAUACAGAUAGCCUCACGUCUGUCUGAACGAUACCUGAAACAAAACCAAAAAAAGGAAGCGUAUAGUGACUUUUGGAAUACCCUGCAUGUCAGAUUAUGGUUACUACUGUCAAUUUAUAUUAAAAAUCCAAAGAGCUACUUUUAAAUGUCUUAUUAUGUACACGCUGCAUUGACUAUUAAAUCCUAUGGUGUUAUAUCUGUGGACUUCUUCUACAGCCCUUUGAAAGAGCAUGGAAGCACUCUUUUAGCCACAGAAUAUUGAUGUCCUGUGCAAUUGUGCACCUAUGUAUUAUUUGUAAAUGUAUCUACUGUAUGUAUUAGGCAUUUAUUCAAUGUAAACUGCAGUGAACGAAUACCAUUUUAAUAUAAAUCUCAAAAGCUUAAUGUACUCAGGUUUCAUCAUAACAUCAGUUUUUGAUUUUACAGCAUCUUUUUCUGAAACAUUUGUACAUAGAAAAAAGCAAUACCUCUUAUAUAUAGCUAUAAUUAGUUUAAGUAAUAAUUGUUGAAUAUCUGUAUUCAGUUGUCUUAAUGCCUCCCCAUUUUCUGUCCCUAGAAAUAAAAUGUCAUAUAAAACAA